AUGGCACCGACUGCCGGUGCCGGGAGGCCCUUUCGCGGUCGGCUCUUCAGCAGCACCGUAGGCCGCUUCCGCUCCCAGACCGUCACCAGCGAGGGCAACCAGCUCGAGGAGGUGCUGGGCCCCACGGCUCAGGCAAACCCCUACUUUGCCCAUCAGGGCAUGCCCGGCCUGCGACACCACAACGAUGGCUCUGUACCCUCGACCCCGCCCUCGACCCCGCCCACCCUCCUGGUGUCGGGCCCCGACGAUGAGAAGGGGGGCAAGAAGCCCACCGCCGGUACAAAGGAGGAGCUGGCGAGGAGGCUGCGCCGCGUCGCCAGUGCCCCCAACACCCAGGGCCUCUUCAACAGCAAGGACGGCGGUGCCGCCGCCAUGGCCGCCGCCGAUUCGGGCGGUGAGCCCGGCGGCAACGGCCACCGUCCUGCCACGGCCGAGCUCGAAAUCGAUCCCCUGCAGGAGGAUCCGGAUGCGCCCGGUCCCUUCUCCGUGGCGGAUGCGAAGGUCGAGGCGGCAAAGAACCAGUCGCUGAGCCCGUCGGCCGCCGAGGACGGCCUCUCGAAUCUGCCCGACCCGGCCAGUAGCGUGCCCUUCCGUCGGACCUACAGUUCAAACUCCAUCAAGGUCCGCUCCGUCGAGGUCAGCCCCGCCAGCUUUGACAAGAUCAAGCUCAUCGGCAAGGGAGACGUCGGCAAGGUGUAUCUGGUGCGCGAGAAGAAGAGUCACAGGCUCUACGCCAUGAAGGUCCUGAGCAAGAAGGAGAUGAUCAAGCGCAACAAGAUCAAGCGCGCCCUCGCCGAGCAGGAGAUCCUCGCCACGAGCAACCACCCGUUCAUCGUGACGCUGUACCACUCCUUCCAGUCCGAGGACCACCUGUACCUGUGUAUGGAGUACUGCAGCGGCGGCGAGUUCUUCCGCGCUCUCCAGACGAGGCCUGGGAAAUCCCUGUGCGAGGACGACGCGCGGUUCUACGCCGCCGAGGUCACGGCUGCCCUCGAGUACCUCCACCUGAUGGGCUUCAUCUACCGCGAUCUGAAACCCGAGAACAUCCUGCUCCACCAGUCCGGCCACAUCAUGCUCUCCGACUUUGACCUGUCUAAGCAGUCGGACCCCGGAGGUAAGCCCACCAUGAUCGUGGGCAAGAACGGCGCCAGGGUCGACUGCCUCCCGACCAUCGACACGAGGUCGUGCAUCGCAAACUUCCGGACGAACUCCUUCGUCGGCACCGAGGAGUACAUCGCGCCCGAGGUCAUCAAGGGCAGCGGCCACACGAGCGCCGUCGACUGGUGGACGCUGGGCAUCCUCAUCUACGAGAUGCUGUACGGGACCACGCCCUUCAAGGGCAAGAACCGCAACGCCACCUUUGCCAAUAUCCUCCGCGAAGAUAUUCCCUUUCCCGAUCACUCGGGUUCACCCCAAAUUUCAAACCUCUGCAAAUCCCUAGUCCGCAAACUCCUCAUCAAGGACGAGAACCGUCGGCUGGGCGCACGAGCCGGCGCCUCAGACAUCAAGGCCCACCCGUUCUUCCGGUCAACUCAGUGGGCCCUGAUCCGGCACAUGAAGCCGCCCAUCGUGCCGCAUCCGCCCAAGGGCAGCGAGACGCCCAACUUCCGCAACGUCAAGGAGAGCGAUAGCAUCGACAUUGGUGGACCGGAGAACAUCAAGGGCGUUCCCCUCGACAGCGGGCUCGCCACGCCCGGAAACGAGAUGCCGGACCCAUUCCUCGAGUUCAACAGCGUCACGCUACAUCAUGACGGCGAUGAUGACCAGCUCUAUAUGAACGGUCACUCUUAG